AUGUAUACUUCGUUGGUCAAAGUCACAAAAACAGUCAAUAUCGAUGUAUCUACUUUCGAAAAAUAUUCACAAUUAUAUUCUAUACAUUCACAAGCUUUAACAUGUCCAUGUACUACAAUAUCUAUCGAUUAUAAAACAUUUCUCAAUGUUGAAUACACAUUUCAUCAAAUAUGCAGUAGUAUUUAUAUUACCAAUGAUUGGAUAAAUUACAUUGCUCCAUCUUUUGAUAAUCAACCAUACUAUCCUCCUAAUUUUCUCUGGACAAGUACAAAUACAUUUCGAGGUUUGAGUGCAUUUUGUGAAUUAACAAACAAAACAAUUUCUAAAAGUUUGAAUCGAUUCUAUUCAAAUCAGUAUAUUAGUGCCGUCGUAACGCCAUCAUACGUAUUUGAAUCACAAAUACAAUCAAUGUUUGGACAAUUUAUAUCUUCAACAACAAAUCAUUUCUUAUCGUCAUUACAAAUUAUACGAGAUACAAGUCAAGCCAAUGCUUUGAUAUCGGCAAAGCAGACAAAUAUUAUACUUUAUUUAUUAUCUGGACAUACUAUUGCAAACGUAGCACCAUUAGAAUAUGAUGGUUGUGAUUGUGGCUAUUCAGCUAAAUGUGCUCAACAAUCAUCUAUUUACAGUUAUCCUAAUUUAACAACAUUAUUCACAAUACCAGGUCAAUACGUAGGAUGUUUUCCUCUCGAAUCAUUAUUACAAUCGACUCUCGAAUGUUUUUAUAAUCAAACAUGUAUCGAUAAGUUACAUUCUUAUAUAGUAUUUAAUUCAACUAUGAAUUUAAAAGCACUUGAUUCAUCUUUACCAAGUCGUUUCUUCGAAAAUUCCACAAUACAAGAACUUAUCAAGGAAUUAUUAGUUGAACAAUGGAAUCGAUCUACGAUGUAUGAGAAGUAUUACAACGCUUGUAAACCAAUAAGCUGUACUUAUAAUUACGCAACAAGAAAUGAUCUAAUUUAUAUUUUUACUACAUUUUUUGGUCUUGAAGGUGGUAUGGUAACAAUUUUAAAACUUGUUGUGCCAUUAUUAGUUACACUUAUAAGAUGGAAUAAAAGAGUAUCAACUGAAAAAACAGAAACUGAUACUCAACAACAAAAUUCUUCAUUAUUUUCCAAGUUUAAACGCAAUUUACUGGCAUUAAACAUGUAUCAAUCUGUACCACCUUCUAUCAAUGAAUUUGAAGUUCAGAAUGAACGACUAUCAACACGAUUAUUUAUUAUUCUUUCUAUUAUCUUAACAACAGCGCUUCUCGGCUAUAUUUCUCUAAUAAGUAUAACAAAGAUUGCAAAUGUUAAAGCACCUACUUUCAAAAAAUAUUCACAAUUAUAUUCGAUACAUUCAAAAACUUUAACAUGUCCAUGUACAACAAUAUCUAUCAAUUAUAAAAAGUUUCUUCAUCUCAAUUAUACAUUUCAUCAAGUGUGUAGUAGUAUUUUUGUUACUGAUCAUUGGAUAAAUUACAUUGAUGGACGUUCUGGAAAAGAAACUGUUAGUGUUGAUGAUUUUAGAUGGAGUGGUACGAAUACAUUUCGUGCUCUUCGUGCAUUUUGUCAAUCAACAAACAAAAGCAUUUCAGAAAGUGUAGCUCAGUCCUAUUCAAAUCAAUAUGUCAGUGCCAUGGUAACACCUUCACAUUUAUUUGAAUCACAAAUACAAUCAAUAGUUGACCAAUUUAUUUCUUUAACAACGAAUGAUUUAUUAUCAUCAUUGCAAAUUAUACGAGAUACAAGUCAAGCUAAUGGAUUAUGGAGUAUAGCAGGUGUACAGUACAGUUUACAUAAACCGGUCAAUGUUGAAUAUUUAACUUUAAAAGUUCGUGACUAUUUUGGCUGUGCAUGUGAUUAUUCAGCUAAAUGCAUUCGACUAUCAGCUAUUUACAGAUAUUCUGAUGGAACCACUUUAUUUUCAAUACCAGGUCUCUACAUAGGAUGUUUUGCAGUAGAAGCAUUAUUACAAUCAACACUCGAAUGUUUUUACAAUCAAACUUGUAUCAAUGAAUUACAAUCACACUUAAAAAAAAAUUCAAGCAUAAAUAUAACAGCUCUUGAUUCAACGCUGCCAAGUUGUUUUUCUGAUAAUUCAACGAUACAAGAAGUUAUCAACAAAUCAAUGAUUGAACAAUGGAAUCGAACUAUUACGUACGAAAGUUACUUCAAUGCAUGUCAACCAACACAAUGUACUUAUAGUUAUACAAGUAGAAAUGAUAUAAUUUAUAUUAUAACUACAUUUUUUGGUCUAACUGGUGGUUUGAUAACAAUUCUGAAGUUUAUUUCACCAUUCCUAGUUAAACUUGUAAGAAAGAUUAAAAAAUCACCAAUAAUAGAACCAGAAAACAAUACUCAUCAACCCACGUCUAGUUCCUAUCAAAAAGCAAUAAACUAUUGCCGAAAUUUCAAUUUAUUUUCAUCAAAACCACCUUCAAAUAAUGAAUGGGACCUUCGAAAUGAACGAAUAUCAACAAGAUUAUAUAUUUUACUCUUAUGUCUCUCAACAACUACUCUUGUCAUGUAUACUUCGUUAGUCAAAGUCACAAAAACAGCUAAUAUCAAUGUGCCUGCUUUCGAAAAAUAUUCACAUUUAUACUCUACACAUUCACAAGCUUUAACAUGUCCAUGUACUACAAUAUCUAUCGAUUAUAAAAAAUUUCUUAAUGUUGAAUAUACAUUUCAUCAAGUAUGUAAUAGUAUUUACGUAAAUGACCAUUGGAGAGAAUCUGUUUCACCAGAUAUACCAAUAUAUUAUCGUGAUUUUCGAGCACAUCGUAAGUUUUUCUCUCAAGCAUUGAGUACACUUUGUGAAUUAACAAAUAAAACAGUAUCUGAGAGUUUAACUCAAUUCUAUUCAAAUCGAUAUGUAAGUGCCACGGUUAUAUCUUCAGAAUUGUUUCAUUUACAAAUGCAAUCAAUAUUUGAACAAUUUAUUUCUUUAACAACAAACGAUUUAUUACUAUCAUUAGAAACUAUACGUGAUACAACACAAAUCAAUGCUUUUUUCUCUGGACGAUGGACAAAUUAUGAUUUAUAUCCAACACAUUCUCCUGUAUUUCCCAAAAUGGAAAUUUUCACACCAAUUCCUCAAUACUAUUCAAAUUGUCGAUGUGAUGUUUCAAUGAGAUGUAUUCAGCAGGCAGCUAUAUACAAUAAUGUUGGUGUUAUUAAAGUAUUUUCAAUACCAGGUAUUUAUCAUGGAUGUUUUAUAAUGGAAUCAUUAUUACAAUCGACUCUCGAAUGUUUUUAUAAUCAAAUAUGUAUCGAUAAGUUACAUUCUUAUGUGGUAUUUAAUUCAACUAUGAAUUUAACAGCACUUGAUUCAUCUUUACAAAGUCGUUUCUUGGUAAAUUCAACAAUACAAGAACUUAUCAAUGAAUUAAUGGUAGAACGAUGGAAUUUAUCUACGAUGUAUGAAAGUUAUUACAAUGCAUGUCAACCAAUAAGUUGUACUUAUAAUUAUGUAACAAGAAACAAUCUAAUUUAUGUUGUAACGCUUGUAUUUGGUUUAGUUGGUGGCAUUGUGACAAUUUUGAAACUUAUUUUACCCUUAUUUGUUCUAUUAGUUGCAUCUGGUUUUCAGAACAGACGAAGAGUUACACCUGAAACGCUACAAAUUACAAUCUAA